GCGUCCGCAUGUAAGAAGGCCGAGAUGAGCUGUAGGGAUGGUUGACAACGGGUCUCACGAAGUUCAUAGGUAAACAAACAGCUAUAUAAGACUCAUGGUGUGUCACUGAGCACACAUUUCUGCUGUCUUUGAUCGCAUCCGGACUCUUUUACAGACCCCUGUUACCAGACACAAUGAUCUCAAUACUGUUGUGCACAUUGGCAGUGUUUUACGCAGUCCAUGCGCAACAACAUUCAAUUAAUGAUCCCAUUCCCAUCAUACGAUAUGAAUCUGAUGGACCUAAUCCCGAUGGAUCCUACAAAUGGCUAUAUGAAACCGGAAAUGAAAUAAACGCUGAAGAGACUGGCUACGUGAAAAACUUCGGUAAAGGAGAAGGUGAAGAAGUGCAGGUAGCUGAAGGAAAAUUCAGCUACAAAGCACCUGAUGGUUCGCUAAUUGCGCUUUCAUAUAUCGCCGAUGAAAAUGGUUUUCAACCUCAGGGUGAUCAUUUACCCACACCACCACCGAUUCCUCCAGCGAUUCAAAAAGCCUUGGACUACUUGAAAACUCUUCCUCCAAGUGCCCAAGAUUCUUCAAAUUCUCAAGGACAGUAUCAACAACCAGCCCCCUUCAAGCCAAGAGGAAGAUUCUAGAUUUAUUUUUCAAUAACAUUAAAAAUAUACGGCUUUUAUGCAUUAAUUAUAUUAUUAUUUAAAUAUUUUUGUAGAUGCGUAUCAAAUUUUAUUGCUCUGUAAUAAAUUAUUUUCCGAGCAUAACGUUUAAAAAAUAUGAUAAUACGAGUAUGAGAUACUUUUGUAAUUGUAUACAUAAAGGUAUUUGAGAGCGGAGUAAUCAUGUCUUUUGAGACAGCAGUUAAGUCUUAUCAUUUAAUAAAAAUAUGAAAACAUCAAA